UCAGGGGCUAAUAACAUCUAAAUGUGAGCAGAGGAAUGUGACCGUCAUGUUUCAGUUACAUCAACGUAUAGACAAGACACAGUGCACUAUCUACCUAACUGUACGGAAUAAUUAGACAGUGUUGUGUUCUGUUCGAAAGACGAUCUAUUUAUGUCAUCAUGUCCUUAUUUUUUUAAUAGAUCGCCAACCAUCCCCCGCAGCGGCAGUGUUUCGAGACACGAGUCGUGUCGCGAGCUGCUGUGCCCUUCGCACGUGCUGCAAUCCUAACCGUGUCCACUGAACAUUUAGCCAUAAUAAGUUAUUGUAAGACACUCCGAUGACACUUAUUCAAGGGGCCGAAGAAAAAACUAGCCGUAUGGAUGGACAGCAGGCGAAGGAAGACAGUGGGAGAUCCAUAAGACCCGUCAGAAACAGAAGGUACACACGAAGAAGUAUAAUUGCCGGUCAGAGGCCUCAGAAAAGGCUUUUCACACCAGAAAUAAAACGUUACUUGAAAGAUUGGCUGGUAAGACGGAGAGACAACCCAUAUCCUAACAGAGAAGAAAAGAAAUAUUUGUCCCAUGAAACGGGACUAACGUAUAUUCAAAUUUGUAAUUGGUUUGCAAAUUGGCGAAGAAAAUUAAAGAACGUCAAUGCUGACCGCAACCAACCAACUUGGGGUCAUUUAAUUCGUACGUACAACGACCGUGCACAGGGCAACGUCGAGCAGUUCAGCAUCUGCUCGGACGAUAGCAUAUGGAGCGAGCACGGCCAGAACAGUCCUAAUCCAGAAUCACUAGACAUCGAUAAUGGACUAAUGAACAGUCCUGAAUAUAUGACAGAAUAUCAACAGACCGAAUCAGAUACGUCUUCAACAUCGAAAGAAAGAUACGAAGUAUACAAUAAUAACUCAUAUGUUGGUGUCAAUAAUAAUGAAUGUGGGGAAUCCAAGAUCAUUACCAGUCCGCUCCUUCUCAGUAAAUGGUUAGAGAGUGCAGCCCGUUUCCAACCGAGUGAGACUAAUUACUCGUGGUGGGCGGACGGGAAAAAACGAAAGAACGAGUCGAAAGUCCAAACAAUUCUCAAUACAACACGCCAUGACCGGGAUGAGGUAGAAGCAGCUGUAGCUCUAACAACUUUAGCUAGUGCCUCAAGUCGCGUCACCGCGCCGUGAUCAUGUGGAUUCGGCAGAGAACUGUGCUUGUUUUUUAUAUGCGUUUCGUAUCUUAGUAAAAUCUGCGUCGUUACCAUAAUAUUGCCUAGGUAUAAAUUGGGCUAUUGAAUGAAAGCAAAUAUCAUUAGAUUUUUAUAAAUGUUUAACUUUGCAAUCAGAAACCUAAUUCAUAUUGUUAAAAAAAUUAUAUUUAUCUACGUUGCAGUUGGUGGUCAAGAAAUUUGCUACCUUAUAAUUCUUUACAUGAUGUUAGUAAUGGGAACACAUUUAGCACAAAAUAGAAAGAUGUAGUACGAAUCGUGUAGAGGUACUAUAAGCUACUAGUUUUCAAUCUAAAAUAUAUUGCAGUUAUGUGAAUGUGCAUGAAUUUUAAAGAGAUUACCUUAUUUAUGUUAAUGCAUUCUUAGUUAUUACGUGUCCUUUUUCUGAAUCUAAAUAAUUAAAACAAGGCAAGAAACUUCAUCACAAUCAAGUUCCACGCAUAUAAUCGUUUCUAUUCUGGUUUACGAAUAAGAGAUUAACAACAAUCACGUAUUAUUGAAAUCUGUCAGAACACAUUUGUUCAUAUUUUGUCCUAAAUUCGGUAAAUUCAUAAAUUGUGACUGAGCGGAUUGAAUUAUUUUCUAACAAAUGUAUCCGUCCUAAAAUGUUGUUUCCUCUACAAAAGCCCAUGCUAAAGUAUUCAAAGACGGAGAACACUUGGUUUACGUUGUACAAAACAAAAUUGCUAAAUUAUAUUACAUACGAGUUUCAAAAUUCUUUGAAAUUAUAAGCAUUACCAAAUGUAUUGAAUACGGCUGUGUAAAAUGAAAUGCUCGUGGAAUAUAAUAAGUACGAUUUUUGUUCUCCCUAAACACAACUUAUAAAUAAGGUUUAGUUAUCCUACUCAGACUCAAGUUUUUAAAUGCUAUGUGUUAUUUUAUAUAAACACCUACUUAUGCUUUAUUGCUUAUUUCAAUAUAUAUCUACUAUACUAUAUAGGUACGUGGUACAUAAUACAGAUAGAAUAGAACAAAUUCAAAUCAAUUUAAUUUCAUAAAUUAGGGUAAAUAAAAUUUACACGACAUGAUCGAUCAGUUUUGCUCAAGUAUUAUUAAAUAUAAGUUGUUUAUAGAAUUAAUAUAUGACUAUUUGAUCUCCAUUAGACAUAAAAAAAUAUCUACCAAAGAAUGUGUUUGAAAUUAUAAAUAUAAUGUUUCUUUUAAAAUCAAUGUUGUUGUUUUAUUGUGGUCCGUAAAUAAGCAUUGAUAUAUUCUACAAUAGAGAAUCUUAAAACGGAAGCAUUAACAAACACCAUUAUUAUUUAAGUACCUAGGCAUAAUUCUGUCAUACAUACGUGUUAGCAAAAUAAUUUAUUUUUCUAUACUAAUUUAUAGUGUCUCCUCAGACGUAAAUAUGAUAUACACGUGAGGGCAAUAAAAAAUUAAGUAUUUUAUUAUUAUCAUACAUCUGACGAUAACACAUUGUUGCAACUAAAACAAAUGUGGUAUAGAUAUUGAGACAAUAGGUACGAAAUAAAUACUAACAUUCAAUUUCAAGUUCCGCUUGUCGCACAUCUGCGAAUAACGAUGCUAGUCUCUAUAAAAUAAUUGUCUUUGGUAAGCUUCUUGGGUUAGACUUUGUAAAGUCAUGUCUCAUGCAAAUGACUUUACAAAGUCUAGUCUUUGGCUAGAUUUUGUAAACUAGACUCAUGCCUACACUUACCUCAGUGUCACCUAAUUCAACCGUGAAGCAGCUGGGCUUUGUAGAUUAUUUAACAGCAUCUAUUUAUUACGGCAGUGAAACUACAGGAUAUGAAGGCAUAAUAUCUCGGUCCUGCGGAAUGGCCAAGACAUGAGUAGUAUCACGAGUGCCCCAUAAUAACAUGAUGUUAGUAGUGCCAUUCAUGUGGUGAACGUCGCGGUUACCAUAGACAAUUAGUUGUCUGUGAUUACCAGUCCAAUCAUAGCGUUACUUAAGUUAACUACGAUAAUUUACAAUAUUGAUUAUCCAUUUCAUUAUUAUAAGGAAUAAGGUCUGUCUGAUUGUUACGUUUUCCUUAUAGCAUAGGGUACAAACGAAAAACGAGAUAUUAUUUGACAAAAUGAAACUAUCAACUAGCUGAAAAGAAUCCAACUACAACAGUUAGUAUGUAAUAUUCUCUUAUCUAUGGUUAUAACAACAUCAUCAAUAUCCCAGGAUAUUGAUGAUAUUGUUAUUGGAAAAAAUCUGUAAUAAACACAGUUAUAUUCAUAAAAGUAGCUAAGGGUCUGAUAUAUACGUAUCUGGAGAAAGGUAGGCAGUCAUUAGUGUAUACUAUAUACAUACUACUGAAAAAAGAUACACAUAAAGAAUCUCUGCUUAUUGUACUUAUGCAGUAAAAUGUGUGAAUAAAUUCACAUAAUUUUUAGUCUGUCACUAUGGUAUUCUCACAGUAUCAAUAUGGCAACCAAUAGCCUUUUUAAGAUUUUUAUUCUUGUAAUUUGGACACAGGAUUAAGAUUGCAUAAUGUUAUGUGACAUUCUCUACCAAUUAUAUAGAUAUAAAUAGAUGAUCAUUGUUUUUUUUAAAUAUAAGCCAAUAAAUGGUGGAGCAGUAGUUGAUGAAAUACUGUAACCAAAUUAAUAUAUUACUUUCAUGAAGCUUUCAUUUAAUAGUAACAACAUAUAUAAAAUAAUUUUACCUACUGCAGAAUCUAUUCUACAAAAAUGAUACAGCAUAAGAGAAUAUUUACUUAAAUAUCAGAACUAAUCAGGGUGCUUCCAAUGAGGUUGAUUGUGAAUACUUACGACAUAUAAGUAUGUAUAUGAGCAUAGGUAGAAGGAGACAAUGUAGAAGUAGCAAGCAACACAGUAAAUAAC